CUGUCGUCGGCGCGCGCCGCCAUGCCGGACACCGAGCUCACUGACCUCCGCACCCCGGACCUGACCGACACCGAGGACGACGACCUGGCCACCAACGCCAACCAGAACAGCUCGCAUCUGCACCACAGCAAGGCCCGGGACCAGGUGCGCGGCCCGCAGUACGCCUCUCUGGGCGACACGGCUCGCGGCGACCCCACCUCCCCGCCCAGCAACCGGUCGGCGCCGGGCAGCGACCGCUGCGGGGACGACGGAGCGUCGGCGGCCGCGCACCGCAGCCCGGCCGGAGCGGCCGCCGAGCCGGCGCCGCCGCUGCCGCUGCCGCUACAGAAGCUGACAGCGUCGCCGGGCCGGGCGUGCAUGUCGCUGCAGCGCGUGCCGCCGCCGACGGUGCCGGUGGCGCCGCUGAACGCCAGCCACUCGACGCUGCCGCCGCGGCUGGGCCAGGCGGCGCCGGCGCGCGCCGUGCAGCCGUUCUACUGCGCCGACACGGUGGUGAUCCGGCGGCAGACGAGCGCCGCCGCCGGCCGCCGUCACGACUCGGCGCUGGGCUCGUUCGGCACCCACCCGGCGCCGCAGCCGUCGGCGGCCGGCGUCCGCAUCUCCGAGCCGGCCGCGUACAGAAACACGGCAGGACUGGUCGGCUCGUGCGGCUAAACUGGACGUCACAGAGCCGGGCUAAACUGAACACUAGCCUGCCAGCCCGGGCAGGCUGGCCGACGCCCGCAUCACCAGAAAUAGCUGUGCUGUGAACUUCGCGCAAAAGCACACUGGCCAACCAACACAAGUUUUCUCUAGUCUUAGAGCAUCCUCUGCAGAGUUGUGAGUAGCUGCCAUAAGUUUCCAGGCGUCUCGCGUCGAAUUCGGAGCCGCUAUUGUCCGGAGCUGGGCGCCAUAAGUUAGCUGCAACAUGUUUUCGCGGCGGGUCGGCGAUAAUUCUCCGCCAGCAGGUGCGUUCAAUUCGCUGCAGCGUUUCUGUACCGUGCAAUCAACGCGCUCUUCAAGAGCGGCGUGCGCUCCAGGCGCCAUAUCUGCAGUGUUGUGCUGUGUUGUCGGUGUUCGGUGUAACUGACACUGCCAGAGGGGCGCGCCACGCCACACAUCGACAAGGCAACCAUAUCGAGAGAACCGCAUACUCAAGAGAGGAGCCUUCGAUACUGGCAUAUCCGUAAUAGGGCAACAUGAGCGCGAGAUCCGACUAGCCUAGCAGCCCCAUUCCUGUCCAACCCGAACCCCUCACCAGCAUAUCCCGUCUUAGUUAUAGCCUACUCGUAGAGCAGCUGGCGGCAAUCAGUAGACACUGCUGCAGUAACUGUGGCACUGCAUUGACUCGGUGACCUUUUCAAUCACUGGGCACCGGAGGGGCGUUCGUUGCCUGUCCGUUCAGCAGAGCUGGUACUCAUCCGGCACUGUUUUAUUCAGUUUCCCGGCACACAGUCACCGUUUGAAAUAAGAUCGCGACAUUACAAUAACUCAACUUCAGACUCGAAGCCUUGCAAGUGUGUGUACCUGCCCCGCGGCAGGGCCAAUUUUAUUUGCCGAUUAUUUCGUUCCCCUAUGCUCUACCACAAAACUAUGCAAUGACAACGAUGACCUUUGAUACUGAAAUGUCUGAAAGACUGAAUAGAGAGCAACUCCAUCCCAACACCACAUUUCAAAUGGCCUUAAGGCCGUCAGUGUGGCGAAAGUAAUCAACUCGGCACGUGCACCGAAUUAUCACAAGACACACAAGAUGAUCAUUUCAUUUUUCUGCGAUGAGGUAGGGAACGCACGACGAAGGGUAGCGGACGACAUUUGUGGUGCAUCAGUGUUUGUACGUGUUUGUGUAAUUGUUCACGGGUGUCAAACGCGUCGCGUGUCUUACACUUCCUAUUUUCAGUGCUUUUGUUGGCUGUGUACGGUUUGUGACCUUUAAAUAUUUGCGUUCGCUUAAUUUUGCAAACAGUAAAUGUUAUGCAUUUUAUCUAAUUACUACUACCGUCAGACUAGCAUUUAUACAGCGGAGUGAAAGUUUGUGUAAAAUAAAUGUGAAGAUCUGAACU